CAAAAAAACAAAAAAAAAACAAAGAGAGGGUCAAACAUUUUUUUUGUUCUCUCUCAAUUUCUUUCAUUAUAUUUUCUCUUCCUUAUAAAUCUGAGCAAUGUUCCACAUAUAAGUGAAUAUUCUUGUAUCUAUCUACACAGCUUUGAUUUUCUUUGUUCGGUUUUGGAAAAAUCUGUUUCGAGUUAAGAAUUCUAAAUUUUGGUUGUGAGAUUCUAGUGGUCGAGAUUUGGGGUUUGAGAAUUUUCCAGGUUUCUUGUUGAUCAAGCUAAGAGCAUUGAAUCGUUUCUUGUCAAUGGCGACGGAGCAACAAGAUUCACAACUUUGUUUGGCGACGAUUCUGGAGGAUUUUCUUAAACAACGAAACAUUCAAGUUAGCGUUGGUGUGGAUUCUUCGAGCUUGAAAAAAGCCGAUGAAACUUUUGGAGGAAGGGAUUUGCCAGUAGAUCCUUCAGACUUGAGAAGGUAUGAAGCAGCAAGGUGGGUAAGGAACACACUUGGUGUAGUUGGAGGAAGAGAUUUGCCAGCAGAUCCUUCAGAGGAAGAUUUUAGAAUUGCAUUAAGAAGUGGAAUUUUACUCUGCAAUGUCCUCAACAGAGUUAAACCUGGUGCUGUCCCAAAAGUCGUCGAAGCUCCAAAUGAUCCUCUUGUUAAUCAAGACGGUGCAGCUCUAUCUGCGUUUCAGUACUUUGAAAAUCUUCGAAAUUUUCUUGUGUUUGUGGAGGAAAUGGGUAUUCCAACGUUUGAAGUCUCCGAUUUUGAGAAGGGAGGUAAAUCCGCAAGAAUCGUGGAGUGUGUUUUGGCUCUAAAGUCAUAUCGUGAGUGGAAACAGAGCGGAGGAAGCGGUACAUGGAGAUACAUUCUGAACUCAAAACCAACCACGUUUGGCAUUGCAAAACAAUACAAACGCAAAGACUCAGAAGUACCUGUGGAUGCUGUCACAAAUAGCCCUUCUAGCACUCCAUCAAGUGAACAACCUUUGUUAGAUCAAUCUGAUUCUAAUACCAAAAAUGAUGGAACUGCCAGUUCAAUAGAUGCCAUUGUCCGUGCUGUUUUUUCUGAUAUGAAGCAAGAAGAUAUUCCAGUAAUUGUGGAAGAUAUGCUGAAAAGCGUUAUGGUAGAAUAUGAACGUAGAUUAGCAACACAGAACGAAUUGCUACUGAUGAGCGCGGGAAACAGAGAUAAGCUUGGCAGUGGCGAUCUUGGGAGAACUAUUUCAGGAAAUGAGGAGACGCUAAGUGAUGCUUCGUACGGAGAAGAAAACGUGACAGAGAUUGUAAACAACAACAUGGAAGCUUCACAAGAUAGUAAUGUUGAAGAAUUGGAAAACCAAGAUUAUGAGCUCUAUGCAAUUUCAAAAGAGAAGACCGAGAAGCAACAACUGAUAAUCGAAAGACAACAAACUCAUACUGAGGAACUGAAACAUGAUCUAAAGGCUGUAAAAGCAGGUCUCAGUCUCUUGCAGAUGAAAUACCAGCAAGAGUUUACAAGCUUAGGCAAGCAUUUGCAUGGACUUACUUAUGCAGCUACAGGAUACCAAAGGGUUCUUGAAGAAAACCGGAAACUUUAUAAUCAGGUUCAAGACCUCAAAGGAAGCAUAAGAGUUUACUGUCGAGUGAGGCCAUUCUUACCUGGACAGAAAAGUGUCUUAACUACUGUGGAUCACUUGGAGGAUUCAACUCUAUCAAUUGCAACCCCUUCAAAGUAUGGAAAAGAAGGUCAAAAAACAUUCACCUUCAACAAAGUGUUUGGCCCUUCAGCAUCUCAAGAGGCGGUGUUUGCAGACACUCAACCUCUGAUCCGGUCUGUUCUUGAUGGCUAUAAUGUAUGCAUAUUUGCAUACGGCCAAACAGGAUCCGGAAAAACUUUCACCAUGAUGGGACCUAAUGAGCUCACGGACGAGACCUUAGGAGUAAACUACAGAGCAUUGAGUGAUCUCUUUCAUUUGUCAAGUGUGAGAAAAGAAACCUUUUCAUAUAACAUUUCAGUUCAAAUGCUUGAAAUUUACAACGAGCAAGUUCGAGAUCUUCUUGCCACUAAUGGCCAAACCAGCAGAUUAGAGAUUCGAAACAGUACACAAGAUGGAAUCAACGUACCAGAGGCGACACUGGUUCCAGUCUCCACAACUUCAGACGUCAUUCAUUUGAUGAAUAUUGGUCAAAAGAACCGUGCGGUCAGCGCCACAGCCAUGAAUGACCGCAGCAGUCGCUCUCACAGCUGUCUCACAGUACACGUCCAAGGAAAAGAUCUAACAUCAGGAGUUACUCUAAGGGGUUCAAUGCAUUUGGUUGAUCUUGCGGGAAGCGAAAGGAUCGACAAGUCUGAGGUCACUGGUGAUAGGUUAAAAGAGGCACAACACAUCAACAAGUCUCUCUCUGCUCUAGGAGACGUGAUUGCAUCUCUCUCUCAGAAAAACAACCACAUUCCUUAUCGCAAUAGUAAACUCACCCAACUGCUCCAAGACGCUUUAGGAGGACAAGCGAAAACGCUCAUGUUUAUUCACAUUAGCCCUGAACUAGAAGAUUUGGGAGAAACACUCAGCACCCUGAAAUUUGCAGAGAGGGUGGCCACUGUUGACCUCGGUGCUGCUCGUGUCAAUAAGGACACUUCUGAGGUUAAAGAACUCAAAGAACAGAUUGCUAGUUUGAAACUUGCGCUAGCGAGAAAGGAGAGCGGGGCAGAUCAAACACAGCUCCAAAGACCCCUUACUCCUGAUAAACUCCUCAGAAAAAAGUCACUUGGCGUUUCGUCUUCAUUUUCAAAAUCAGCAAACAGUACAAGACAGGUCCAAACCAAACAUAAGCCAUCACAGAUUGAUGAUGUCAACAGCAUUGAGGUAAAGGGGACAAGAAAACUCAUUCACCAAACAAAACAAAUCAAACUUGUUAAUACGUUUUGCAGUGAUUACUUCAUGAUGUGUAGUGAAAUUACUUGCAGGGUCAAAGUGACUCUGCAUCUAGCCUUGACUUACAAGGACUAGUAGGUUCACCGUCAUGGAAAACCCCGCCGAGAGAUGGGAAAGAGGAGGACAUGGAAUUUAUUAUACCAGGAAGUGAAUGGGUUGAUAAACACGAGGACGAAAUCACGCGUAGUAGCAAACCUGAAAACAGAGCACAUACACAGCUUGAGAAGCGAACGUCUAGCUUGAAACGUGAAGCAACUCGAGGUGUAGAUAAGAAUAAGUGUAAUAGUAGUGUAGAUAAAGGAUUAGAGGUAAGGAAGAUUCCAUACGAAGAAGAAGCAAAUGAGUCAGAUGAAACCGCAACAAGUGAUUGCUCGGAGACUAACUUGAUGUGGCAGUUGAAUGUUCAAGUGAAUAUGCCUAGACCAGCUUCUAAUGGUUCUUCAACUAAACUAAAGAAGAAUCAAUCAAAAAUAAGUAGAGUUGCUGCUGAGACCAGGAGUAUGAUACCUUCGCUAAUUCCGACGCCUACGAGGACAUUAUCGCUUGGGGCGGCUAUUAGCUCGCCAGGACAAACGUCCUCAAGGCAUAACAACAGUACAGUAGUUGUGAAGAAGAGACAAAAUCCCAAGUAAUGAUGAAAACAUUUUGUGAGCAUUUUAAGAAUACAAUUAUUAUUGGCGGACCCAUAUUUCAUAUUAUGAGGUCAUAUAUAUACAGACGCCGUAUACGAAGAGUAGAAUACGUAUGAGAGUGAUAGAUUGUAGUUGUACUAUACUAUAGGUUGAAUAUGUUUUGUUUGAUUUGUGUGGCGUUUACUAGAAUGAAUAUUCCAUUCUUUUUAUGGCCGAUGUUGUAUUCUACUACAGUAUUACUUCUCGAAGCUAAUGUAUUUUAUUCAUCACAAGAGUUAUACAUUUUCUGUUUUAAACUUUCCAUAAUCUCGAUUUAUAUGUACUUUUU